AUUAGAGUGAUCUCCCUUCCAUAGGGCACCACGAAGAAACGUCAAUAUUUGCCGGUACAGUGCGAACUUUCAAGGUACCCAGCUGGCAUUUAUGUGAACAGACAUGAUGUCCAUCUCCUUGAAGAAAUUGGGAUGCACGUCAGUCAUCAAAUCAAUCUGCCGAUGUCCCAGAGGUCAAAUGACCCAGGACUUUCCACGUCUUAAACACAACAGUGCAUCUCAAUCAACACAUCUGUAUCAGCCGAAUGCUUUACUGAAGAUGCAACAGUGCCAUAAAAUUCAAACAUUUAGGUCAUCUUCAAGUUAUUUACAAAGUGCUUUCAUUUUACAAAGAAGAUAUCUGAGACAGAAUUCUAUAUCAAAAGGGAGACAAUCAUCAGUGUUUAUCCCAAGUGUUUGCUGUAGUGGAAGAGCUCGAGGACCACAACUCAAACCGUCAUCUUUAUUGUUUCCAGUAUCUGCAGUUUGUGCCUUUUCCAAUGGAAAUUCAUCAAGAUUAACUUAUAAAACAACAUCCUUUUCUACGUCGUUAUCACAAAGACAAUCCUUUCAAGUUAAGCCAUCAUUGUUGAUAUCCCAGACUUCACCUUUGUCCACCUCGGUCUGUUAUUCUAAUACAAAGGAGUUUACCAAUGUAAGAAUGUGUCCUCCCUGGAGAGUUUUAUUUUUUGGGUCCGACACAUUUUCCUUGGUGGCUCUAAAGGCUUUGAAUGAGAACAUGCUACAGACAGAGUCAGAGUCCAAGGUCGUUGAGAGUUUAGAGGUCGUCUGUCCAGCUGCAAGGACUCCAGUUAAACGUUACAGUGAAGAAAUAGGGCUAACUGUCCAUGAGUGGCCUGUCAAAGUUGACAGGGAGAAGUUUGACGUGGGUGUACUUGUGUCCUUCGGGAAGUUGAUUCCUGGACGAAUCAUCAAUGCUUUCCCACAUGGGAUUAUCAACAUCCAUCCCAGCUUACUUCCUCGUUGGAGGGGAGCGGCACCGAUCUCCCACACAAUUCUAAAUGGCGACACUCAUGCAGGUGUCAGUAUAAUGGAACUUCGCCCAAAACAUUUUGAUAUUGGUCCCAUACUGCUACAGGAGACACUUUCUGUGCCAGAGAGAUGCUCCUCCUCUCAACUUGCUGAUUUACUUGCUGUCCUCGGAGUGAAGCUGAUGUUAGCAGCUCUGUGUGAUCUACCUACCCUAGAGAGACUAGAAAUAGAGCAGUCAUCUAGUGGUGUAACUUACGCUCCAAAGAUUACUCCUGGUAUGGACCUUGUCGACUGGGAGAACUCGACUGUUUGUGACAUUGAUCGACAGUACAGAGGCAUCAUUGCAAUAAUGCCCCUGAGGAGUAAAUACGAUGGUGAACAGGUCAAGCUGUAUGACAUGAUCCCGAUCAAUGCAAUACCAGAUGAUGUGAUAGAUGAACGAGUCCAGAGACUGUACAAGGUCACUAGCUCUACGAUGGUACCUCCAGGGCGGACAUUGUUCCUGAAACACCAGCAGUGUGUACUUAUCAAAUGCAAGGAUGGAUGGGUCGGAUUUCAAAGGAUGCGAAUGAAUAAAAAGAUGACAGCCCAGGCUUUCUUCAAUAAGCUCUUGACCUUACCAGGAAGCGAACACAAAUACUUUGAAAGUCAGACCAAUACAUUGCAAACCGAUACAGACAGUGAUAUCCCAACGGCAACCCGUGUUCAGAAUUAAACUUUGUCUUUUCACAUUUAUUUUCGUUUGUAAAAUGGCGUUGGAUGUAAAUAUGUUUUUGCUGAAUAUUUUUCAUGAAAGAUGUGAUAAAAGUGCCACGCAAAUCGUAAUUUGAGAGUGUUUGGAUAAUUUAUUAACCAUGUUACAGACAAAAAGUUCAGAUUUUGGUAACUAGAAAUGUCUUUGGAAUCUUUAUAUAUUUAUUUGAACAUGUACGUGAUUUAAUGUUGUUAUCAAUUGAUCACAUUUAGUGAUAAAAAUAUCGAUAUAUUUUACACAAAAUAUUUUCCAGAGAUUUCAGUCUUGGAAAGAAAAUUUCGUAUAAAACUGUUUGAAGAAU